AGGGUGGACAUAAAUGUUUAAUCAUAAAAAGUUAAUACUAAAGUACUAGAUUUGGUACUAGAGAUAAUGUCAUAAUAAAUUAACUCUGAUUGAAAAAUUGAGAUAACAAAUCUGCAUUUGAUGAUUGUGCGUUCUCGAGCUAUCUGUAAAUUUAUGGAGUGUUUGAUUAUUUUAUUUAGUACAAUUGAGUUGUAAAGCACAUUCAGACAUGAAGUUAAAUAAUCUAGUUAUACUUGUUUGUAUUACUUGUGUUAAGGGGUUCGUUUCACAAAAAAACACUGAUGCCCAGGAUGUUUUUGGUGAUUUUGGCAAGCCGGCAUUUCUUACAACAUACAUAGAGAAUCAUGAUAUCGAGGGUGCAAGGAGGGCCUCCGCCGUACCGCCAUUUUUGGAAGAUGUGGAAAGCUAUGCUGGUUUUUUCACGGUAAACAAGACAUAUAACUCGAAUAUUUAUUUUUGGUUUUUUCCUGCCAGAGAAGACAAGGAGAACGCCCCUGUAGUCGUCUGGCUCCAAGGGGGUCCUGGAGCUUCAUCUCUUUACGGUCUCUUCAUAGAGAAUGGAGUAUACUGUAUAAACCAAACUGGAUCCUUGGAAUUGCGCACUGUAUACUGGUCUAAAAUUGCAAAUGUGAUUUACAUCGAUAACCCAGUAGGAACGGGUUUUAGUUUUACAGACAGUGAGCAGGGAUAUGCCACAGAGCAAGCGGGAAUCGGCAAGGAUUUGUACAACAUGAUUGAUCAGUUUUUCCUUGUUUUCCCUGAAUAUAGGAAAAACAACUUUUACAUAUUUGGUGAAUCAUAUGGCGGAAAAUAUGCCCCAUCAAUGGCAUAUGCAAUCCAUACAAAUAACCUUAUCAGUGACAGAAAAAUAAAAUUAAAAGGAAUCGGCAUUGGCAAUGGCUUCACAGAUCCUCCUAAUAUGAUGUUAUAUGAUGAAUAUCUGUACAAUAUUGGUUUGAUCGAUGAGAAAGGAAAAAAUAUUUACAAACAGCAUCAAAAUUUGAUUCUAGAUGCAUAUAAAAACGGACUCUAUGAAAAAGCUGGUAUACAGUUCUGGAAUAUGACCAAAUGUGUUUUCUACAAUGAGACAGGUUUUACGUUUAGUUUUAAUUUUCUACACUAUAAAGAUGACUUGAUGAAUGGAGAUAUAGGAAAAUUUCUUUCACAAAAAUACGUGAGAAGGGGCUUGCACGUCGGGGAUAUACCUUUCUUAUUCAACAAUACAGUUGUUAUUCAGUAUCUGUUAGCAGACACUCUCCAAUCUGUUGUACCCUGGCUGGAGACACUCCUUGAAAACUACAGAGUUUUAGUUUAUAGUGGUCAGCUUGAUAUAAUCUGCGCUUACCCUCUUACAGUCAACUAUCUGAAAAAGCUGGAAUGGAGUGGAGCUCAAGAGUACAAGAAUGCCAAAAGGGAGAAAUGGUUUGUCGAUGGUGAACUGGCAGGCUACGUAAAACAGGCCAAAGGGCUUACUGAGGUCCUCGUGAGGAAUUCUGGACACAUGGUGCCACAAGAUCAACCAACACGGGCGCUUAUUCUUUUGAAAAAGUUCAUCUUUAACCAACCAUUCUGAAACUAUUCAUGAACUUUUAAAAUAGCUAAAAUAUUAAAACUUAUAUUACCAUAUGUAAUUAUAAAUUAUAAUUAUACAUUCUUUACAUAUUAAAAAUAUAUAUAUUUGGAAGAUUGGAAUUGGAAUGGUAAAAGGAAACAUAUUACAUACACUAGGAUACACAGUAGACUGAAAAGAAGACAAAGAAGCUGAUUUGUGUUCUGUAGUGUUUGUUUCAUUUCAGUAUCCCAUCUGAGACUGGGGAACUUCUUUUCAUUAAAGGUUUCUAAUGAAGGCAGUAUUUGGCUUUUCAUCUUUGAGAGACUCCAACUUUCUCAGCAACAAUGGAUCGCCUUUCUUAGUUUUUAGAUGAGAGCCUAAACUAUAAUAUGCCGCAGUUCUUGAUGAAUUGACUGUCACCAGAUGCAACUUCACCUUCUGCCCCAACCAAAAUUUUCAUGUUUUUAAAAUAAAAUAAAAAUAUUAUGAAUCAACAAGUAAUUAUAAAAUAAACUAGGAAAAGAUGCUAGCGUUUUAUAAAUGAAUAAAAUACCUCCUUUAUUCUAAAUUUUGCUAUCUAAUUUACAAACCAAAUAAAUAUUAUAUAUUAGUA